AUGUUGAACGAUAGCAAAGGUCGAGCUAGCUUAACGUUUGCAAACGCGUUUAUCAGUUUAGCAGAUCACGCAGAGGAUAAACGAAAAGAAAAUAUAGUGUCUCGGUCUCUUGGUUAUGUUCUAAAAAUCGAAAAUUACGUGCAGUACAGAUCGUUUAAUGAUGGAUAUCGACGACCGGAAGCGUCUUUUGCGCCGCAUUAUCCAAACAAACCCUUCUAUCAACCGCCGUUCAACCCUGAUGCGUCGUAUUCAUCGUCUCAAUAUGACAAAGCUAAUCGGCCAAGCUUUGGAGCUCAGUUAAUAGAAGCUUUCAAUGAAUUAGAUUACAAAUAUCGUCAUCAACAAUAUCUACGACAAUUAGGAAAGGUUCAAAGAGAGUAUUGGAAUCUGGAGAAUAUGUCAGGACCAUUACCACCGUACUACAAUCCACCACCACCAAUAACUUAUGGUCGCGGUACAUUGUUUGAAUACGAGAAGGAAACAGAAUUUGUACCAUAUCCAAUGAUAAUGAAUCCAGGUAUGGGAGGAUUAAACAAUCUAUCAAGUUUCGGGUACGGCAGUGGCACUACUUUACCACCGAAGGUUAGAGUCAUUUUUAUACCCAUGGGGCAAUCAUUCGCACAACAACCAUUCACAGGUCCCUUGGCUAUGCCACCUUUUCUCUACAAUCGUAUGUCUCAACCUUUGUGUUCGUAUCCACCACCGCCACCAUUGCCACAACUUGGAUCGCUCUCUCUAACACCUGCCGUACAGCAAAUGGUUCUACAGCGUUAUAGUAAUCCUGUUGCUGUAUUACCCUACAGUUCGAAUUGGCAAACGCCUGAGCUGAUGAUGCCCAGCUAUUCACAAGGCUAUCAACAACAACAACAGCAACCAAUGAUGUCUACUUACCAACCACCUCUACCUGCAUCCCACACUAAUUUACCCUAUUCUAUGCCUUCCUUUUCAUCGUCAUCAUCUGUUCCACAAUCCUGCAUGGCAUUACCUGCAUCGUCCACUGCACCUUCUCAGUAUUACCCUUCGUUGCCACCUGCACCGCAGGCAUACAUACCACCACCACCGUCGGUACCUGUACCGCAGGCAUACAUACCACCACCACCGUCGGUACCUGUACCGCAGACCUACGCACCGCCUCCAGCAGCUCCUGUAUUACAAGCAUAUAUACAACCAAAUCCGGCUUAUUCGGCGUUAUCAUCUGCUUCACAACCAUACAUUCAACCUUCAGCUUGUGCUCAAGGAUGUUCACCAUCUGCAUACGGAUAUCAGUCGUAUCCUGCUUCUGCUCCAGCUCCAGUCGGUUCUGCUGUCAUUCCCUACCCUCUUCCACAGGCGGUACCCUACAAUCCAUAUGUACAACAACAACAACAACAACAACAGCAGCAGCAGCAGCAGCAGUAUCAGCAACAGUACCAGCAGUAUCAACAAGUACAGCAGCAAUCAUCAUCAUCGUCGUCAUCAUCACCACAAAUGACAUCACCGUAUUACAGCUCAAAUGUAUCACCCUCGUCAUCGACAGGUGACAGUUCAAAUGGCAAUUAUCCAAGUACAUGUCGUGCAUGUCCACCACCGCCACCUCCGCUCAGCAUAUUAGUUUCUGGCCACUGUUGGGUACAGCAUUGUUCUGCUUGCCAUAAUGUUCCCAACGCCAAUUUAUAUCCAAAUGCUCGACCAAACUGUGGCCGUAGUACACCAUUACUUCGUUAUCCAACUGUACCACAAUAUCUACCCGAUCAAACACAGCAGUAUCAAGCUCAACACUAUGCUCAUACCAAUGCACCUGUUAUGAUCCGCCCAUGGUUACGGAAAACUCCACCCCUUCCACCUGGUUCAUUUAUUCUUUCCGACAGGUGUUACAAUCGCGAUGGUCUUCACUAUGAUUUCGGUCGUUCUCAUCGACGACAUCGAUCGCAUAAGCGAGGUUCCCACGGUAAACAUCGGUCGACAACAGUUGCAUUAUACUCACAAGCAUCAACAAGCCCAAGUGCUCCAAAGACAAGUAAGAGUAUUUCACCUCGACGAUCGACGAAAUCAACGAAAGAAUUCAAUCCAGACAAGACUGCCUCAAAAUCCAAAAGCGCAGAAUCUCAAACAUCUUCGACACAUUCCUCAUCUGGUUUAUCUACAGAAUAUAACAAGACCACAAUAUAUCCAUCGACAGCUAAACGAGGUAGUUUAUCUCAAAUGACCGGCGAAGCUCGUCAGGUUAAUCUUCAAUACUCUUACCAACCGCAAGAAUUACCAACUGUCUAUCACAGAAAUCGCUAUUUAAAAUCCAGUAGCGAAAGUUCAGGAUUAUCCUCAAGUGGUCGAACAUCUUCCGAUUAUUCGUAUACAUUCACGAAAGAAAACAACUGCUCUCGUUCAAUGUCAAGUGAAUUCAAUUCGAUACGAGAAGAGGAAGAGGAAGAAGCAGUAGCAGCAGGAUACUCCAAAAAACCACCUCGUAACCCGCCAUCGUUGACAAAAUCCAAAGACAAAGUGAUUAUCGUUCGUGAAUUGAUGCCGGAUUCUCCCGCUUCAAUGAAGAGUAUCUCAUCAACUAUGAUGUUCGAUGUCAUAGGCAAGGAUAUUGACGCUCUCUCAACAACAAGUACCGUCGAAGGAAACAAAUUAUCAGGAGACGACGACGUUAAUGAUGGCCUUCGUUUUAAAAUGUUAUAA